CAUCCCUGUUUCAAAAGCGAAAUAAUUUGAAGAUCUUAUUGAAAUUCUGUAAAAUUAGAAUAUCAUGGUGUCACCCUUACCCCACCGCCACCUAUCCUGGCAGUCUCACAGAAGUCAUCAGUCGUCGUGCUGCCUGCCUCCACUUUCCUCCCACCACGUCGUCCCCACACGGUUCAAAACCACGCCCGCCAUCAGAUGGUCGAUGCAACCCCCAUCCGACGGCAGCAAUUUGCCCACGACACCGCGACCCCACUCUUCCUUUAAACCCCACGCAACCUUCACCAGCCUGGAUGAUCAAGCUCGAUCAGGCACCUUCCAAGGAUUCACGGCCCCUCACCGACCGGCGCUGCAGUAUGACGGCGACGUCCAAGGCCCCGCGGCGGCCCCGAAUCCGGUCCCGCGCGCCGCCGCCGACGCCGAUCCGGACGGCUCGCGGCGUGCGCUCCGCCGCGGCCGACGAGUUGGUCCUCGCCGAGUUCCUCGAGGCCUCCCAGCGCGUCCCCAACCUCACCCUGCCCCGGAAGAAGCGCUUCAACUUCCCCGCUCCUCCUCCGGCGCCGGAAAUCUCCGUGAAGGCCUUAAUUUCGGGUGAUCCGACGGCAGCGCGAACGGCGGUUGGUGCCGCCGCGGAAGCCGGCGCGUUCCGCGUAGCCGGGGGGAUCGAGGCCGGCGAAGUGCUUGAUGCCGUGGACGCUGCGCGGGAGGUGUUCGGGGCGCCGGAGCAGGCGAAGCGGGAGCUGGGGAGGUGGUUCCGGAGGAGGGAUCGGGUGGUCGGGGAGGAGUUCUACUUGUUCUGGCCGGUGAGCUCGGACGUGGAUCGGCUUCUGCAGGCGGCACUGCCCGGCUCAACGUAUCAAGUGUUCAGGGAGAAGAUGGAGGUUGUUGCAUCGAAAAUGGAGGAUCUUGCAAGAUGUGUGGUCAGAGUUCUAUCUGAUAACGUCAGAGAUCAGAAAGAUUCUGCUCUGCCUAGAGAAGCCCCAUCGGUUCUGUGUCUAACACUGUAUAACUGUAACAAGUCGAGAACGUGUUGGGCAGAGUUUGGCAGCACCGAUCGUCCAAAAUCGUACGCUUUGAGCGUCCACCUCUCCGGACGAGAUCAGGAAAUUUGCCUCCGGAACCAUGUCGGGUCAACCUUUUUCAGUUUACCAGCUGGCUCUAUGCUUGUUACAGUUGGCAAGCAGAUUCAGGAAUGGUCCAAUGGGGAAUUCAAGAGCGCCGUUGGCGAGAUACUAUUUGAGCUGACCGAUGAACCAAGCCCGUUCAUUUCUCUGGAACUCUUGUAUUCUCCAGGAGACCUUCCUCUUUGUGAGGUUGGUCGGCACGCUAGGUGCAUUGACCGUCCCAAGACGGUUUCUUUCAGGGACCAGAUUUUGUUUGCGCUGGUUGCGCUGAUUUUGUUCUACCUCUUCUGGAGCUAAGCAUGUCCGGUACCUCCUUUUUCAUGGUGUGAGCUUAGAUGUCCAAGAAGGCUUGUUUUUACAGCUUUCUUGGAACAAACCAUGGACCUAACUGCCUGCCCUUAUCCACUAAUUGAUAAUGGACAAGCACUGCCGUGGUUGGCGGUGAUGACGGGUGGUUUGAGUCUGGCUUUGUUGGGAUUGAUUUGUUUAUAGGAUGAAGAAAACACAGAAUAAAGCGAGAUACAUACAACUUCUGGUAGCUCAUCCCAAUUAAGGAGAGUGGGAUGGAGACAUGGAGUGGAUUUUCAAGACCAGGGGGAAGACACCACCUGACAUGAAGUGGAUUUUGAUAGAUUUUCUGAACGGGGAUUUUGGUUGAUUGGUUUGCAGGUUGAGGCUUGAUUUUUCAGAUUGAGGUGUUUGUGUUUGAAGCUGAGUGAGGGUUGUUCUUGUACAUUUCUGCAAUAUGUAUGUAGCAGCCUUGCAUACGAGCUUUGUUCAUGCAUGUCGCAUUGAAGUUGAGGAAACUGUCUCCUGAUUGCAGUGUAAAACUAUUCGUUGUACUAUACCUGAAAGGAACAUUGUAUUUAAACUACAGUUUUCGAUUGCCUACUGCUCCCUGUUGUCUUGUGGCUUA